GUUUAUUGUAUUAUAUUUUCUGAAUCUUACUUUACAUUUGUCUUGUAUGUUACUUUGUUCUCAUCUGGUCUCUUGAAAGAAGAAGGAAAAGGAGAUGGUGGUUGAAGAGGGUGAGAUGAAUUCCCAAGGUGAGGCGGAAUCAAGAUUCCAACAAGAUGCCAACAAGAACCACCAUUCUCAGUUCCCACCAUCAUCCAUUGGAAGAGAAACAUCUAUAUAUUCUCUUACACUGGACGAGUUCCAGCACAGUCUAUGCGAGACCGGCAAAAACUUCGGUUCCAUGAACAUGGACGAGUUUAUCAGCAGCGUCUGGAACGCAGAAGAGAAUCAAGCCAUAAUAACCUCUUCCAAUCUCCCUCUCUCCCAACCCUUCACUGACAAAGAUCCAACAACUCUAAGGAAACAACCAAGCCUACCUCGCCAACCCUCGCUCUCUCUCCCUGCACCUCUAUGCAGGAAAACCGUGGAUGAAGUUUGGUCCCAGAUUCAGAAAGAACAACACGACAGCACUAACAACAACGAAGUUUUGGAUAAUACCGAGUCUGCCCCUCGCCAGCCCACUUUCGGUGAGAUGACUUUGGAGGACUUUUUGGUCAAGGCUGGGGUGGUUCGAGAACAACCAUGUGCACCACCACAGUUGUCUCAUCACUCUCACCACCUCCAACACCAGCAGCAGCCGCAGCCGCAGCAGCAGCAUUACACGAGUAACAACGGUGCAAUGCCGGGAAUGGGUUCUCCUUUUGUUGGAAGGAAUGUUAUUGGUGAAGUGAGUAACGUGGUUGCACCGGGUUACCAAGUGGGGGAGGCUUCUGGUGGGUAUGCUGUAAACGGUAAGAGGGACGGUGGUGCGGUGUUUCAUCAGCAAGGUGUUUCCUUUGGAGGAAGUGGGUAUGGGAUGGGUCCCACGAUGGGAAUGGGUGGGCCUGUGAGUCCUGCUAAUUCUUCUGAUGGAAUAGGGAAUGAUUGUGGGCAGUUUGGGCUUGAGAUGGGUGGUUUGAGAGGUAGAAAGAGGAUAGGGGAUGGUCCUGUGGAAAAGGUGGUGGAGAGGAGGCAAAGGAGAAUGAUCAAGAAUAGAGAGUCAGCUGCCAGAUCUAGAGCCAGAAAACAGGCAUACACGGUUGAAUUAGAAGCGGAACUAAACCAACUAAAAGAAGAGAACUCCCAACUGAGACAGGCGCUGGCUGAGCUCGAGAGAAGAAGAAAGCAACAGAUUUUUGAAGAAUUAAGCAAUAUUAGCGUUCAAACCAACGCUCAGAAAGUAAAAGAGAAAGAUAAACUGAGAGCUUUGAGAAGGUACAUGAGUUAUCCUUAGUGAAGAAACGGCAUGGUAACCAGUGAAAUUUUGUACGCACCAGAGUUUCUUGUGACUAGUAUGGCUAAAUGAAAAAGAAAGUCAACUGAAGUUAUAGCUGGUUGAAGAAACAGAGAAACUAAAGGGCGGGGAAGCUGCAAGAGUUCUCAAAUUAAGAUCAACGAAGAAUGGGAUCAUCCAAUUUGGAUGACUCUCCUUAUCAAAUCAUAGUUAAUUUCUCAGACGUACAAUAUAUAUAGUUUUUGUAAUAUUCAUGUCAUUUCAUCGUUGACUUGUGUGUGUACGUUCUCGUUUACGCCUAUCACACCCUCGCUUUCUAGUUUACUUUAUAUGUAUUUUCAGUAUAAAAAUAUAUCGACAAUCAAUCAAAAUUUAUUGUUCAUUAUAUGUGUUUUAUGAUAA